GCUCUGCUCACGUGACCCUGCUGAAGCCAUCGGCGGCCAUGUUGGAAAUGGACGAGGACUUAUUCUAUUGCUCCUGAGAAAUAAUACUACUACAUGAUGGACUGUAGACAGGGAGUGGAGUGAGGACAAUGCCCACCACUUGUGCAGCAUUUGGGUGUUCUAACAAUUCUAAAAGAGACAGUCAUGUUACGUUUCAUAGAUUUCCAUCAAACCCAGAGAGACGAAAAUUUUGGCUGAGCCUCCUUAAUCGAGAACACUUCAGCCCAAGUCUGCACACCUUUUUAUGUUCCAAACAUUUUGACGAAGCAUGUUUUGACAGAACAGGCCAAACCGUGCGUUUGAGAGUCAAUGCUGCACCCACAAUAUUUAUCUAUCCCAACCAUAUGCUAGAAAAAAUAGCGCUUGUAAAGAAAGCAGCCACUACAAAAUUAGGCCAGCAGCCUCUACCACUGUACCCUCCAGACAGCCAGAAACAAACAGCAACUCACUAUGAUCAUGCCUAUUGCCUUCCAAGUCCUGCUGAAAUCAAGAAAAAAAUCUGGGAACUUGAAAAGAAACUGGAACUUGCACACAAGAAAAUAAAAAUAUAUCAGCAGAGGGAACGCAGAGUUAAGGGAAAAUGCUUGCUAGAUGAUAUUAAUCCAGAUUUAAACAAGGGGUCAAGAGCCACAAAUCAGAAGGUGGUAUGUGAACAGCAGAAAGAAGAGGCCAGAACAAAUCUUAGGACAAUGGUAUAAAAGGAAAAUGCCUAUUUAUACUAGAACUUUCCAAUCCAUAGUGAAUUCUUCAGGAAUACUACAAUUUUAUAUGUAAUGCCCACUUUGCAUGUAGAUCCUACUACAAAUUAUUCCAAACAACGAGGGCCCUGCAUCUCUGUGCCCCUUAACCACUUACCUCCCAAGCCUAUUCUGACACUUCAUAUACAUGUAGGUUUUUUUUUUUUUUAAACUAGACAAUUACUUAAAACACCCAAAUAAAUAUCUCAAAAGUAUUGCCUGGUGUCUGCAUAGACUGAGAAGUGAUUCAUGCAGAUUGAGGAUGAUUAAAGUACAGAAAGUUUUGCUUGGUUAAUUUUUCAUUUCAGAGGUUAACAUUAAAAUUCAGUUAUGAUACAAUAAAUUAUGGAAAGAAAUUAAAGUGGCGAGUGCGAAUGCAUGAAUUUUAUUUUAGGUAAGGGCAAACAUGUCUUCAGUUUCUGCUGUAUUUGGUUUCCAUUGUACAGUAGCUGGAAAGAACUCCGUUAAAAUAAAAACCGGCAAAUGAAUCAA